ACAGAGAUGAGCAAGCUGGCCCCGUUUCGUCUCUGGAACUGCCAAGCUAGCUCCUGUCAAGAAACUGUCAAAUAGAGUUAGUUGAGCCGCCACUGCAUGGUAGCUCCUCACCUUGGGGGUAUCGCAUGACUACCCCAGAAUAGAUGAUCGACGUAACACUCGCGUAUUAUGUUUGGUGAUUGCCUAAAAAAGAAACCACGGAUGGGUUGUGAUGGAGUCGCAAACAUUCGAUCAUGGUGAAGACGGCAAGUUUUCUAGUCUGGAGUAUAUAUUGGAUGAGAGCUGCUCCCGAAAGUCUGGUUCAAUUUGUCUUUCUCGCCACCCUCGCCGGCAUCCAGAGUCUCUAUUUCUAGUUCUAGUCCUGGAUUGGACUCUUUUUCUUCUUUUGCGAUUUCAUUUGUCAUCUCCUUCAGCUAUACUCACUCGCUCAGAUUAUCAGCUACUCCAUCUUUUUACCCUCUCUUGUUUUGCAAAUCUUCCAGUUCCUCUCUCUGCAAGGCACGAGACAAAAAUGGUUCAAUUCUCUCUCACCUCGGCCCUUGCGCUGGCAAGCAGCCUCUUUGCCGCCAGCACCCUCGCGGCCAAGUCCAACGGCUGCGGCAGCGUCAACGCCACCCUCACCACGGGCGUGCGCCAGAUCAACGUCAAUGGCCUCCAGAGGCAGUACACCCUCAAGCUCCCCGACGGAUACGACGGCAAGACCCCCAUGAAGCUCGUCUUUGCGUGGCACUGGCGCUUCAGCCGCAUGGAGGACGUCGUCACUGGCGUGAGCAUCCAGCCCUGGUACGGCCUCGAGUCCCGCGCCAAGGGCUCCGCCAUCUUUGUGGCCCCCGACGGCAUCAACAAGGAAUGGCCCAACGACGGCGGCCGCGACGUCGCCUUCGCCGACGCCAUGAUCAAGGAGCUCGAGUCGGGCCUGUGCAUCGACACCGACCAGCUUUUCAGCACCGGCUUCUCGUACGGUGCCUCCAUGACCUUUGCCCUCGCCUGCGCCCGCCCCAAGGUCUUCCGCGCCGUGAGCAUCAUCGGUGGCGGGCAGGUCAGCGGCUGCGAGGGCGGCACCGACCCGGUCAACUUCCUCCAGUUCCACGGAACCGAAGACACCGUCUUCCCCAUGGACAAGGGCCUUGAGCUCAAAGACAGGUUCGUCAAGAACAACGGCUGCCAGGCAAAGGACAUUACAAUGCCCACCAAUCCCGGCCAGAGCACAAGGACAGACUUCACAUGCACCAAGAAGAAGCUCUCCUUUGUCGCCUAUGUCGGCGGUCACGUCGGCGCACCGCUGGGAGAGCAGAACCCGCUUGCUCCAGAUACCACCUGGGACUUCUUCACCAAGUCGACUUAGUGGAUUUCCACUCCCUGCGAUAAAGUGAACAGGUUUCACGAUGAUCGUUCCUUUGCUUGCGUCUUUCUUUUUGGUUUUCGUCCUGGUUGGCAUUAGCGAGUUGGAGUCUGCCAUUACUUGUGUUUUACUCUUUUUUUUUUAUGAUAUCCGUUUGUACAUACCCAUCUUGGUCCGGACCAUGCAGAUAUUAUUCUGAACCUCAAAUAUGACCUGAUUCCC